CCCAAGUAAAAAAGCGAAGCGAACAGAGAGUAGAGGUUGGUUUGCUUCAAACAGAACAAGAUGGCAGGACUUGUUGCAAGAAACGCUCUUAGAGCUGUUCGUGGCCUCCCGGCCUUUGCCCGUGGAAAGGCAACGGCUGUUGCAGCAGAGGCACCUGCUCCUGCUUACCGCCCUAACGCAAACACAGUGAUCCCAGAGAACAAAGCGAUGAGGGAGUUCCGCCUGGAGCGUGAGCAUGCUGGAGCUCACCAGGACAUGUGGGCCUGGGUAUUGCUGUUCGGCUUCGUUCCCGCCGUCGCUUACUCGUUCAAGUACAGUUAUGACGAGGAGGUUCAUCACAUGGCUCACGCGAAGGAGCACCCCGCAGAGUGGGUCGGUUAUGAUUACAUCAGAAUUGAACAGCCUAUGGGCUUCACCUACAGCUGGCGCACUCUGUUCCACAACAGGCUGGUCAACGCCCUGCCCGAAGGAAAGGACUACUAAACAUCGUGGCGUCCUUUUUCAUUAUACUGUAGCACGUUCUAGAAGCCUUUCUGUCAUGUCACCAUCCUGUACGUACUUCUGUGCUGUCUUCAGUUAAAAUAAAUUUAAAAAAUGUGUGCGUGCGCGUGAAUGGCUGUUUAUUGAUAUUAUAUUGCUGCUGGCUUUGAUUCGUGCUGUUUAUUGCUUUGCUCCACUGGUGAUGGAAUUAGACGUGGUUUGCGUUGACUGUUC